CGGAUAAGCUUAGUUGAACUUAGUUUAGUACAAAUCUGGAUUGCAAAACGUUGCGUGGUAAUAGUCAAAAGACAUAGAUCAGGUCUGGUUGGCGGCAUUAGACAUAAAGCUGAGGAAAAAACAUUAAUUUCAAUUUGUCAAUGCCAUCAAAAAAAAAAAACAACUCAAUUGCUCACAAAGUGCAUGGAUCAUCACAAACGAUUAGUUUGUUGAAAAAGAAUGAAAUAUAUGCAGCAUUUUUUGAGAAAAUAUAUUCUAAAUGUCCAAAUUGAAAGUUAUGUCCAAUUUUCCCUACUAGACUGAGUGAAAUUUGUCUAACGCAACAGAACAGAAGCCAAAUAUUGGUCAAUAGCAAUCCUCAAACUCACAACAAGUUUUCCAUUUCAGAUUUAAUGAUUUGACAUUGAAAGUUUUUCCACAUCGAUAUCCACUAUGCCUUCGGGAACACUACGGCCACAUGAUGAUCAACAACACCUUUGUGGUUUGGCUAAAUGGCAUCCAGCGUGGAUGCAACGUUACGCCAACUCGAAAAUGUUUAUGGCUGUCUAUGGACUGAUGGGUACCAUACAAGCCAUGUCCUAUAUGUAUUUUGUUGUAACAUUAACUACAAUUGAGAAGCGUUUUAAGAUACCAAGUCAAACAACGGGCAUCAUACUCAGUGGCAAUGAAAUAUCUCAGAUAUUAUUAUCGCUCAUUCUGUCCUACAUUGGAGGCCAAAGGAAUCGACCGCGAUGGAUUGCUUCGGGUAUUGUGUUCUGCGGCAUAUCCUGCUACAUUUUAGCCUUGCCACAUUUCAUAUACGGGGCUGGUCAAGAUAUGCUUCAAUACACCAAGGAAUACUAUGAUUUUGAAGGAGAGAAUGCCACUGUGACAUUGGUUAAUGCCACCAUAAAAAAUAGUCAACAAUUGUGCGGGAUUUUGAAGACGAGCCAUGAAUGUGAAUCGCUUUUUUCCAUUGUGCCAUUGGUAUUGGUCUUCCUCUCACAAUUUGUGCUGGGCAUAGGCAAUACCCUAUACUAUUCAUUGGGACAAUCAUAUUUGGAUGAUAAUACCAAAAAGACCAAUACGCCACUGAUGUUGUCGGUGGCCUUCUCACUGCGUUUGGUGGGACCUAUUGUGGGUUUCUUUCUAGGUUAUGUCUCCCUGAAUAUGUUCAUUGAUCCCAGCAAAACUCCUUUGAUUGAUAGCAAAGAUCCCCGAUGGUUGGGUGCCUGGUGGUUUGGUUGGAUGAUUUUGGGUACUCUUAUGAUUCUUUUUUCUGGCUUAAUUGGUCUAUUCCCCAAAGAAUUGCCUAAGAGACCUCCCGUUCUGCGUAAUUCCCAUGUGCCACAUGUGCUGAGACAUGAGGAAUUGAAAAUGGAUGAAUGUUUGCCUUUGGGCAGAAGUUUCUCAUCGAAUGCUACUUUGGAUGCUCCGGUGGUGGAUAAACCAGAUUUUCCCAAACUUAAAGAUUUCCCCCGUGCCCUCAUGCGUUUACUGCGUAACAAAUUGUUAAUUUUUAACAUUACCUCCGGUAUCUUUUACAUUUUGGGUGCCUCGGCCAUAAUGACAUUUUUAACCAAAUACAUGGAAGUACAAUUUCAUAGAAAUUCACAAAGUGCCACCAUUGUGGUGGGUCCCAUAUCUAUACUUGGCAUGGUAGUAGGUUUAAUUGGUUCAGGCCUAAUACUAUCCAAAAAGAAGCCAACACCCAGUAAAGUCUUAAUGUGGAAUGUCAUAGUCGGCUUUGUUUUCAUUUUGGGUCAAAUUGGUUAUAUGUUUUUGUAUUGCAGUGAUUCUGUGGUUUUGGAUCAACAUGGAAAAUUAAAUUUGUCAUUGUCAUGCAAUAAGAAUUGCGGUUGUGAAGAUGUUCCCUAUACGCCGGUAUGUCAUGAGGAUACAGAAACAACUUUCUUUUCACCCUGCCAUGCGGGUUGCCAAACAUGGAACUCUGAUCUCAAGUAUUACUCCAACUGUUCCUGCCUUGCCAAAAACCAUGAUGCCUUAAAUACCACCUCCAUACCGCUAACUACAGAAUUACAUACUGUGACAAGCACUCUUGACGGACUAUUACAGCCUCUUCUAACCACUUCAAUAAUAACAUCAAAUGCAAUCACCAGCACCACCUUCGGUGUCACCACCCAGGCCACCACAAGUACCCACCGACAGUUUAGCACCAGCAAUUCAUAUGAGAGUUCUACUUUAUAUGAUGACUUCUAUACCACCACAAGCGAUGCUUUCGAUGAGUAUGAUACAACUGAAACUACACUAAAAACAAGAUCUCGUCGAUCCUUGGAUGACUUGCCAAUGGAUAAUGUUAUCAAACCAGGCAUAUGUUUGAAAGGCUGCAACAAAGCCUUCUGGAUUUUCACCAUAGUCUCCAUGCUUUUGAAUUGGUUCGGUUCUUCUGGACGUAUUGGCAAUAUUUUGGUCAAUUAUCGUGCUGUCUCCACUGAGGAUAAAUCGUUUGCUCAAGGUCUUAUGCUUAUGAUGGUCAGCUUGUUUGGCCUCAUACCGGGACCCAUUAUUUUUGGACGCAUUAUUGAUUCCACAUGUUUGAAAUGGACCAAAACUUGCACCGGCAAUGGCAAUUGUCAGUUAUACGAUCAAGAGGCAUUCCGAGUGAACAUCAAUUCGGUGGCAUGUUGUUUCACUGCAAUUGGCGUGUUCUUCGAUAUUCUUGUUUGGUAUCAUGGUCGCCACUUAGAUUUGUAUGGAGAAAAGGAAGCCGAACGUAUAAAAGAAAUGGAACGCAAGAAUAUGCCAAUUACUCCUUUGCUAAUGAAAAAGAACUACGAUUCGUAGAUAGAUGUGUAUGAAAUUUAUUUUCAACGAAUUUUCUUGUGUUUAGUUUUUUUUAUUAAUUUUAAGAAUUAAAUAAUUUGUAAAUAACUUA